CGGAGGGUGCGAUACAUAAUUCAGUCCCAGCCCAGAGGGGACACAUCGCCGUCUCCCCGCUCCCCCGGAUGCGCCCAUGCUCCACACGCUCCCGCGGACAGAGGAGCAACGUCCGUGGAGGACGGACGGACGGACGGACGGACGUUGCGCUUGGUUGCAGGUAACGCGUAUGACUCCCGGCGGCUGAGGGCGGGACGGGGCAGGGACGAGCUGCAGCAGACGUAAACAUUGCCAUGCCCUGCUUCAUGCACCACUUCCCCCGAUCCUCCUCCUCCUCCUCCUCCUCCGGCCCAGGACAGGGGGCUCUGUUUUGAGGGAUACAUCACUCUGCUGCCGAGGCUAAUCAUUUUGGAGAAGUUGUGUCCGGGAUAGGAGGCUGCGGCGGGCCACGGUCUGUGUGUCCUGCAUCUUGACUUUGCCGUGUCCGUGCUCUGCGGCCAUGGUGCGGGCAGCAUCCUCCGACCUGUUCCCGACUUGAGCCUCACCCUCCGGGAUUAACUAGAACUAAAACUGCCUCAGCCACUCAUUCAUGUUUUGUUUUUGGUUUUGGAUGGGGGGGGGGGGGGGGGAAGCAUCAUUUUUUUCCUCCCGGAACAUCCUCUCUUCUGUGUGACGGAGUGCAAUGUUGUUGUUGUUGUUUUUAGAAGCAGUUUGGAAUUUGCUCACAAAGCCUCACACCUUAGCCCCAAGCCGCAGACUUUAAGGGAGAUGUGAUCAGCUCCAGACAUUUUUCAAUGUACAGAGCAUCUGAAACAUUAAUCGAAGCCGCCCCUGCACGACUGUUUGGUGGGGGGCCAGUCUUGUGUAUUUCCCCCCCAGUUCACAGCUGAUUAACGCGGCACCAUGGGUGCAAAGCAGACCAAAGGCCAGGAGCCCGGAGGGGCCAGCCCCCAGCACGGCUGGAGGCGGACCCCCACCAAGGAGCGGGGGGACAUCUUGGCGUCCCUCAUGCUCAAGUCGGGGGACCGGCUGAGCCGCGGCGGGACGCCGCCGCCGCCUUACCAGCGCCGCAUCGGCAUGAUCCAGGAGAUGAUGCUCAUGGCCAAGCAGGGCAAGCAGGAUGAGGCCACCGAGAUGCUCAAGACGCUCCGACAGGACCUGGGCAUGGAGUCAACAUCCCUGGACGACGUGCUGUACCGCUACGCAAGCUUCAGGAACCUGGUUGACCCCAUCACACAUGACCUGAUUAUCAGCCUGGCGCGAUAUGUCCACUGCCCCAAGACGGAGGGCGACUCUCUCGGGGCGAUGGAAAAGGUUUGUCGUCAGCUGACCUACCAUCUCAGCCCCCACUCGCAGUGGAGGAGACAGGGCCUGCUCAAGAGGAAACCUCAGGCCUGCCUGAAGGCGGUGCUGUCUGCCCCGCCGUCCAGCGGUGCGUUGGAUCUGUCCGGUAUCCCCCUGGUGGCUCGAGACAUGGAGCGUCUGUGUGCACACCUGCAGCGCCACGCGUCCACUGUGGUGAGCAUGGAGCUGGGCUUCACCGAGCUGACGGACGAGGCCUUCCUCCUGCUCCUGCCCACGCUGGCCGCCCUGCCACACCUGGAGACCCUGGCACUGAAUGGAAACAGGCUGACCAGAACGGUCCUGAAGGAGCUGACCGAUGCCCUGAAGGAUCCAGGCAGCUUCCCCAGCGUGACAUGGAUCGACCUGGGCAACAAUGUGGACAUCUUCUCCCUGCCCCAGCCCUUCCUGGUCAGCCUGAGGAAGCGCUGCCCCAAGCAGGGCAACCUGCCCACCAUCCUGGAGUUCGGAGAGAGUCAGGCCAGCGACCCCCCUGAGAGGCUGAGGGGGCUCGAGGAAGAGGAGGAGACGGACGACACUAACCGGACCGAGAGCAUGGGCGAGCUCCGGUCCGAGGUGGAGGAGGAGCUGGACGGAGAGAUGGAGAUAGAGGAGAUGAUGGAGGAGCUGCUGGACUUUGACAGGGAGGUGCAGGGAAAGGAGGAUGAGGAGGAGAGCAUGUGGACCGUGGAGGAGCAGAGGAAAGGGGGGAGGGGGCGGGCGAUGAGAGGGGCGGAUGAGGGCGGGGAGAAGGAAUGGAAGAGGAGAGCGCAGCAGCCGGGGAGGCGGGCAGUGAUGGCGGAGGACGAUGACGACACGCAGAGCCGCUCCUCCCGCCUGUCCUACUCCAGCCAGUCGCAGCACUCCUCUGGAGCCGUCGAGCCAAUGCGAGUGGAGGAGGACGACUUGACCGACCAAUCAGACUACUUGACCUGAUUGCUGCUCCACUCUGCCCACUACUUCCCCUCCUGUGUCCAGUCUCGUGCCCAAAGUCAAACAGGCUGGAAGGAUGUGAUCCAUAAUGAGCAUGCCACUCGAUACAGAACUCCCUCCACUGAUCUGAUUUGUCACAAAGGCGUUCAGACACUGGCAGAGUGACAGCUGAGCCCAGGUGACUGUAUCAUGAGGAGACAAUCCCCAGCAGGACGUCCGCUUUAUCGUAACUGUCUGUUGUUUCAAGUGCAACUAUACUUAGGAUCCUCGUACAUAGAAUAGACGGACUAAUUAUAUCACAUGAGGCUUUUAUGUAUAGAAUGAUAACCUUUAUUCAGGUCCCUCCUCCUGGUAACCCCGGUGAUACCUACAUGUGCCUGUAACACGUCCCAUUACUGGUUGAAAAUGUUGAGAGAUACAAAGGAGACCAGAAAAUAUAGGAACGGAGACUCUGGCAAAGUAGUCGAGGCCCCCGAAAUCUUUUGAAAUGUUCUGUUUGUUGGGGUUUUUAGAAAGAAAGAAAAGAAUUGUGGAAAUGUUUAAAUGUCUCCCUCCCACAUGCAGCCAGACGGAUGAGAAGAUAGCGAGUCAGAAGUCAAGCCUACAGAUUCGAUGAAAUCAGUUGCUACUCAAGGAAUGAGCAGAUGCACGGUCCUUUUAGAGGAGGAAGAAGUGCACUGAGGAUGAAAUUAGUCAGCUGAAACCAAAAGAACUAGAAAAGCAUUAAAGGCAUUGAUGAUUGCACGAAAAACGGGGGGAGGGGGGACUGUACAACGUGCCUCGUUUUGAAAGGAAAAGGGUUUGGUGGUCUCCUUGCCAUGUGUCCCAAAGUCCUGGGAUGCCCAGAUGAAAUAUUUAGUAGCCUUUUCCCAUAUAAUCCAGGUCAUGUGUCGCUCCGCUGUACUUGUACACUAGUGAGAAUCACAUGUUUACAGUGCCGUGUCAAUAUAUAGGCCUCAGAUAUCUUUAUAUCGUAUGUAGCUCUCACCCAGCUAGUGCUUUCCCUCCAUGUGUCACUUGUAGUUCAUGCGAAGCUUUAAGAAAAAGAUGUAUUUUUGGAUGUACGGUAUAAAGUACAGUAUAUAUGUGUAUAUACAUUAUGCAGUCAUUAAGAUUAUCAUUUCAAGAGUAAUACCAAGCAAUUCAAGGAAUCCUAUUUGUUAUUUUUUGUUGUCUGGGUUUAGUCCAAGUCCUAUGUGUGUACAUGUGUUAUGCUUCAAACCCGGGGGAAAAAACUGAGCCACGCUCUUCGGUUUGUUAGAAAUAUCAAAGGCACAGAUUGGAAAGGUGUUAUUGAUAUGGAUAGGAGGCUUAUGUUGAGGCAGAGAAAGACGGGAAAAAAAGCUCAUCCUCAGGCAGAUGAAAAUGAAUAAAUGCGUAUGCGGUAUGUACUUUUUCCGGAGACAGCUGUCCUGUGCAAAAUUGUUCUCACAAAACAUUUUAGCUUUUGGAAGCCGUCAACAUGUGUGGCUUUAAAAAUGAAGGCUCUUUGUGUUGCGCAGAGGCCUUGCAGUUGCAUCACAAAAUUUCACACAACCUCGGCUGACUCCAUGAUGGCAGCUGUACGGAAUAAUGCCUGACCACGAAACAGCAGACACACUGGGCAUUAUACAGUAUAUACAGAUAUUAGUGUGUAUAUUAUUUUAUAAACACCCAUUUUUGCAAGAAGUACCUCUCAUCCAAUGAAAACACCUAUAUAAUGUCGUCUGUGGCUCUGGAGGAGGUUUCCUGAGGCUACAUCCAUUGUACUACGCUUUCCUUUUUAAAACAGCAACGAUCUCCGCCCAUUUAGUCGGAGAUCCAUAAGUCUGUGCUAACUCACCUGAAAACAUAUGAUCAUGCGUAUACACUGAGCAUGAGCGUACCGGUGUAAACAGGAAGCGGACUGUCUACUCUGCUGUUGGUUACUUAGUUACAGUAAAUACUACGAACGUGAAAAAAUACAAUGGUGAAAUGUAAGAGCAGGGAUUUCUUGUCUUGGGUGGGACUUGUAAUUGAAGUAAGUAUUACUUUUGCCUUCACCGCUGGUAGUCAAAUUGAACAGGUGACUGCAUCAUCAUUUUUUGAACGUCUCGUCGCGAGCAGAUUUUCCCAACUUCCCGGAGUAGUGUGGAAGGCAGGCGUAAUUGUAGCAGCAGUGAUUUAGUAAUGUGGAUGUAGCCUUGUACUUGAGGCUUUACAUUUUUAACAGAAAAUCCAUUCUACAAACAAUGUGUUGUUGCUGCCCUGUCUCUGUGAUACUGCCCCCACUGGCCAUGUGAUGAAAUGCAUUACGCGGACAUGCACCGAGGAUGCGCAAAGUCAACACUCCCGGGAAAUGCAGGACGCACAAGGUAGCCAAGACAAACGUGUAGAUGUCAUGACCUUAGAGAGAGAGAGUGAGAGAGAGUAUUUUUGAAAUAUGGACAUAAUGGCACACAUUUUCAGUCUCUGUAUGAAGACAUGUAUCACGUUGCCCCUUUGUUGCUCUCAUGAAAAGUGACAGAAAUUGUAGUGUAGAGUGAACAUAAGAAAAUUCAGCAAACAAGUUUAAACCCUGUUUAGCUUUUCACCUCCACGCAGCUCUAGCCAGUAAAAGUGGGUAUGAAAGUCAUAUUGUUGAAUUUGGGAGGUCACAGACAAAAUCCCAAUCUUUGGAAAGGUGUGGUGCGCCAACCUAUUCGACCAUCUGAGCAUUUCUGACAGAUUAUACUGACGCCUUAAAAGUUAGCUCGGCCUCUGCUGCUUUCAUUUUUGAUAAUUUUUCUUUUCCAUCUAGCUUUUUAAGCCAUAUAAUGCUAAAUCAGUACCCCGUUAAAAUAUUGUAUGCGUUGCUUAUUUAUGCAAACAAUUAUAACAAAGCCAUGCGUUACCUGUCCCUUUAUGAGCUUUACUUUUCCUAACAUCUGUAUAGAUUUGCACGAGACUUUGUGGAGAGGUGAUGAGAAUCCAACAUGUCGAGCUACAGUGUCUGAAGAAUUUCAUUGAAACCACAUUUUGAGGAGCAAGGAAUAAUGUGGCGAGUUAUAAUUCAGCCUGGGAUCUACUGUGCAAUUACACUCGUCAAGUGUUCCUACUUAUGUUUAGAAGAAUGAAGAAAAUGAUGAUACUCUAGGUAUUUUUAGAAAUACAAUAUAAAAACAAAAAAUCUGGGGAAUUUUGCAGUAACAACAUGUUCCAUAUCAUGUAAUAUAGAGUAAAAUGGUGAUAUCACAGUCACAUACUGUUUUCCUGUCUUAAGAUUAGCCAUGAUCCACCUUGACCUACAUGUUGUAUUUCUACAUGGCUUUAUAAUAGAUAACACCUUCCAUAGCUGUGCAUAUGUGAGCAAGGUUAUGUUAUGAAGUGCUGCAGCAUCUCUUGCCAUGUACUUAUUCCAAACAAACGGUGAAGGAGAGGACGUGAUAUUAAACCCCUGGAGUGUGGCUGUAGCUUCUCUGGUGAUGGCACCUGUAAAAUGUAACCUCCACCUCUUUUGUAUUGUAUAUUGUAUGUUAAUAAUAUAAAAAAAUAAGGUUAAUUCAUGCUUUGCGAAUAGGAUACCAAUUUACUUAAGAGUGUAAUCCAUUUCUCAUUUCCUCCAUCAUUCGCUGUUAUUAGCGCCCUAGUUCUCGUCUUGUUUUCUGCCAGUUGGUAUUUUAUCAGUACCUGAUUCAUACGACCAAAUUACGAUGUAAAUCACAGUCUGUGUUAUAAAGUGUUACCAAAGUAGCCUCUUCA